UUUCCUUUUUUCCUUUUAGGCCCGGCAGUGCUUUCAGCAGCCGACAAAUAACAAAAUAACAAAAAAAGGAAAAGCCCCCCAUAAGAAAGGCCCCAGAUGUCGUCCAGACGAGCGUUCCUGCGCACUGCGGGCUCCGUGUGCCCGUCCCUGCUGCUCCUCUUCCUCCUGCUGGACGUGGGCGCCCGCCCUGCCAACCACUCGCUGCUGAAGGAGAGGCCGGGGGACGCCAGGGAGGAGAAGGAGAUCCUGCCCCCCGACCACCUGAACGGCGUCAAGAUGGAGCUGGACGGGCACCUGAACAGGGAGUUCCACCAGGAGGUGUUCCUGGGCAAGGAGCGCGACGCCUUCGACGAGGACUCGCAGCCCCGCAGGAACAGGAGGAAGCUGGUGGCCAUCUUCUCCAAGGUGGAUAUAAAUAACGACAAAAAAAUCAGCGCCAAGGAAAUGCAGCGUUGGAUCAUGGAAAAAACGGAUGAACAUUUCCAGGAGGCCGUGCAGGAGAACAAAAUGCAUUUCAGAGCUGUGGAUCCUGAUGGGGAUGGUCACGUUUCUUGGGACGAAUAUAAAAUUAAAUUCCUGGCCAGCAAAGGCUUCGACGAGAAGGAAAUGGCUGAGAAAAUCAAAAACAACGAGGAGCUGAAAAUCGACGAGGAGACGCAGGAGGUGCUGGACAACCUGAAGGAUCGCUGGUACCAGGCGGACAAUCCCCCCCCGGACCUGCUGCUGAGCGAGCAGGAGUUCCUGUCCUUCCUGCACCCCGAGCACAGCCGCGGCAUGCUGCACUUCAUGGUGCAGGAGAUCGUCCGUGAUCUGGAUCAGGACGGGGAUAAGAAGCUGACCCUGUCCGAGUUCAUCUCCCUGCCCGUGGGCACGGUGGAGAACCAGCAGGCUCAGGACAUCGACGACGACUGGGUGAGGGACAGGAGGAAGGAGUUCCAGGAGGUCAUCGACGCCAACCACGACGGCAUCGUCACCAUGGAGGAGCUGGAGGAAUACAUGGAUCCCAUGAACGAGCACAACGCGCUGAACGAGGCGCGGCAGAUGAUCGCCGUGGCCGACGAGAACCAGAACCACCACCUGGAGCUGGAGGAGAUCCUCAAGUACAGCGAGUACUUCACCGGCAGCAAGCUCAUGGAUUACGCCCGCAACGUCCACGAGGAAUUCUGAGCUUCCUCCCCCUUUUCCAGAACUUUCUGUUCCACUCCCAACCCCCCCCCCCCAAAAAAAAAAUCCCCCCAGGGAAAAAGGAUUCGGCCGAGCGGCGGGAAUCGCUCGUCGCGGAUUUGCCGUCCGGCCCCGCGGGCUGCAGCUCCUUGGAGAGGUUUUUCCUGCUGGAAAAAAAUGGUGGGAAUUCCUGGAUCCAGGUAGUUUUCCUCCUCGGUUUGGGGGGGUUGAAGCCAGCUGGAGUUCUGGCUGGUCUGGGUGAGAGGAUUCUGGAAUAUUCCCUGGUUUCCUUCAGCUGCUGACGCGAGGGCAUCCCAAAUAAAACCGGGAUUUUGGGAAUUUUGGUUUCCCUCAGCUGCUGAUGUGAGGGCAUCCCAAAUAAAACCUGGAUUUUGGGAAUUUUGGUUUCCCUCAGCUGCUGAUGCGAGGGCAUCCCAAAUAAAACCUGGAUUUUGGGAAUUUUGGUGGUUCCAAGGAAUGUUUGAUCUCCUGGGAACUGCCCUCUCAGCUGCUGAUGUGAGGGCAUCCCAAAUAAAACUUGGGAUUUUGGGAAUUUUGGUGGUUCCAAGGAAUGCUUGUCCUCCACACCCAAUUCCAUUUGGGAAAUUCCUGAAAUUUAUUCCCUUGUUGCCCUCACAGCUGCUGAUGCAGGGAAUCCCAAAUAAAACCUGGAUUUUGGGAAUUUUGGUGGUUCCAAGGAAUGUUUGAUCUCCUGGGAAUUGCCCUCUCAGCUGCUGAUGCAGGGAAUCCCAAAUAAAACCUGGAUUUUGGGAAUUUUGGUGGUUCCAAGGAAUGUUUGUCCUCCACACCCAAUUCCAUUUGGGAGGCUCCGUAAAUAUUUGUUUCCCUCAGCUGCUGAUCCAGGGAAUCCCAAAUAAAACCUGGAUUUGUUGGGAGUUCAGUGGAAUUUUUUCAGGGAGCUGUGGGGAAGAAUUUAUUUGAAAUGUUACAGAAGAACUUUUUUUGGAAUUAAAUUUUAAAAAUAAAAUAGCAUUAAUUAAGAUUAAAUUAAUAUAAAAUGACAUUGUUUUGUUGACAUCUGCACUGGGAAGGGAGAUUAUGGCUUUAAGAAAAUCAGAUUUUGGUCAAAAAUCAAACAAUUGGGAAGUGUUUUUGGGAAUUUAAGCUGUUGGACAGAGCAGUGGAAUUCCCAUGGAGUUUGAUGGCUGCUUAAUUAAUAUUCACUGCUAAAAUUAAUGAGCUCUGUGCUAAUUAAUGCUGUUAAUGAGCUGCUGCUGAUGAUUUGGGGGUAAUUCCAGGCUUUGGGUGAGCUCUUUCCCAAAUAAAAUUGAUUUUUUCCCUCUGCUUCCAUCUUUCCUGGGAAAAACCCCUCCUUGGGAAAGAAUUCCUGAAAAUCUGAGAUGUUUUAUUUGAUUAAAUUUAUUCUUAAUAUAAUGUAAAUACAGGAAUUGCUGUCCCUCUUUCCCUCUCCCUGCUCUUUAUUUGAUGUUUUUAUUAAAUUCCUUGGAUAAAAGAUUUUAUAUCCUUU